CAGUUCUCCUCCCUCUCUGUUGUUUCCCUACCGUACUUCCCUCACUCUCGCCUUCACACGCCUACCCUAUCAUAUUUCCCCCUCAUCAGACCUACACUCCCCCCGCUCUUUCUUUCCCUUCUUUCACCCUUCACACUUCUUUGGCGGUUGGAGACUCGGCCGCACGUUUGUUUAGGCACAGUUUACAGCUCUCCCGCAAAACCUGACGGUAUCUUCUUACUCCCCCCAGCUCUGCCUGUCUGCCUAUCGCCUCCACCCCAAGUAGCAUACCCUACGCCCCCCCGGAAAUUCUCGACCUAUUUUUUCACGGGUAAACAAGGGAUUCUCAAGGCUGCUUGGUUUUCAGCACUUUGACAGCCUCGUCCCCUUGACCCCCGUGGCCGCCGGUACCCGAACUACAUACAAACCCUAUCCUAUAUUUGCAAAGAGAAGGGAGAAAAGGAACCUAGGCCCACCUCUCUUUCCACCCCAACCACUUCGACCGUUAUUUGUGGCUUUGUUUUGAACUCACAAGCACCUGUUUCUAACCCCUUCCUCAAUUUAUUCUGAGCUUUGUUUUUCUGCUUUGCCCCAUCGUUAGUUUUCCUUGUAUAAACUUCUUUUCCGGCAGAAGUUUCACCACGCAAGAGAGCUCCCCACCCCCAUUUGCGUGCUUUUGUCUAUACUUCUCUUGUCGGAUCCCCCCCCCUUUCGCUCAUAAGUCUUGUCCCGAGUUACCCAGGGCCUUGAGGGAGGUACAAAAAAGCAAGCAGGCAAAUUGGGGAGCGCAGGUUCACGCACCAGAGGUCUCCAGGGACUAGCAAAAACCUAGACCUUCUCUCCCCUCGCCUCCCACAAUUGACCUAGAGAAGCAGAGGUAAUGUAGAGUGGGAGGCACGGCACAUAAGGUCUACAGCAGCGAUCACGGUGCUAUGGGAGUUUUGUAUACAAAAUGAGCAUACUCACAAUGGAGGGAAAUAAAUCACCUCGUACAGAAACUCCUGUUUCUCCUUCCAAAACAUCACCUGCUUCUUCAGCUCUUGAGCCGAGAAAAGCUUCUGCUGCCGGAACUGAAGCCGAGCUUUCCGCUACUUUGGUCAUCACGAAUUCUGCAUCUGCUGAAAUACCCCCACCAAAUUCGACCUCAGAGGAGCAGAAGCUUCCUGCCCGGGGGGAGAGCUUACCGCCUGUGAACCCCACACCAAUGGCUGACUCGAAUAUAAAUUCUGCAUCCAUCCGCCCUCCUCCCUCAUCCUCACCACCACCCACUCCAACAUCCACAACCCAACACAAAAGACCUUCGGUAUCAGAACCAAUACCUUCACAAACGCAAGCGCAGCAGCAAUCCCAGCCUCCGGCCUCACCGCAAACUUCCAAACGUCGCAAGACCAAAGCGAAGUCACAAGAAGCCAAAGAAUCAUCACCAACAAUGGCCAGCAGCGAUAGACCGAGACUUUCCGAACAAGAGAAGAAGAACAACCACAUUGCCAGCGAGCAGAAGAGGCGCAUGGCGAUCAGAGAAGGCUUCGAUAGGCUCACGGAAAUCGUGCCGGGCUUAGAAGGACAGGGAAGAUCUGAAUCUAUUGUUCUUAAGAAAUCUGUCGAUCACAUGCGCGACGUCCUUAAUGAACGGCAAGAAUUAAUAAGGCGCAUAAAGGCCCUCGGGGGUGAUGUUCCGCCGGAAUUACAGUAGCCCACGACACAUACGUCCAUUGACUUUCCCUAGUGGACGAGUAGCCUUUUUUUCAUGAGGGGAAUAAAAAUCAGAAAAAUCAGAAAAAAUAUAUAGAGGAGGGAUGUUCGCAAUUGGUCGCUUCUGCCUCUUGCUGCUGCUGAGAGAGAGCGGGGGGGGGGGUAACAGAAAAAUCAGGAACCCCCGGAACGCGAAUGAUGGUGGCGAUGGCUAGAUUGGAAAAUGGCGUAACUUGAUUGUUUUUGAUACGUUUUGAUUUCUAUCUCUAUUUCCUUUCAGCUUUUCUUUUUUUUCUUGUGUUUUCGUUCGUAACGGGGUGGGAAAAUCUGGAGAAAGCAAAAAACAAAAAAAAUAUCGAGUGGGGCGGAUAGGGAUUUCUUUUCUUUUGUAAUAGCUAGCUAAAUCGCAAUAUGUCUGAGAUUCAAAGCUCCCAUCUCACC